AUGGAGCCGGGAACGCACGGGGCUCGGAAGCGGCCCGCCCCUCGGAUGGGCUCCUGGUUCCGGCUGCCCUUCCUCCGGCGAUGGCGCCCCUGCUCUUCCGAGUUCCUGACCCCUUCCUCUCGGGAAAACUCCGGGGACCCCGCACUCUCUGCCUCCGCCCUUCCCAAGCCUCGGACCAGGUACUGGACCAAAUUGCUUUCCAAGCUCCUUGCGCUGCUCCCUAGCUUGCUCCAGAGGCUGCUUCUCUGGAGCCAUCUUUUCGGUGGCGUGAUCCCGACCAGAUGGCUAGAUUUUGCAGCAGGUUCCGGCGUCCUGAGAGCUUUGAGAGGUCGGGAGGAACCUGCCGCUCCCAAGGUGCAGAAAUCUUUGAGUUCACUGCGGCUGGACUCCUCGGAGGACUUGGCUGCCGGUUCCCUUGAUUGGCUAGAGGAGGGAUUCCAGUGGCAGUGCUCAUCCUCGGACCUGGAGUUGAAAAUGAAAGCUCAGCAAAGAGCUUUAGACACGACAGCGCACACUUUCCUCCGGGAGCAGCAGCUGUGGGGAGUGGAACUGUUGCCCAGUAGUCUUCAAGGUGGUCUUGUCUCCCACCGGGAACUUGGCUCUUCAUUUUCUGGGCCCCUCAACACUCAGACCUUAGGCGGUUUCAAGGUGGUUUCCUAUCUACUGAACCCAUCCUCCCUGCACUGCUUUCCCCAGUUAGAGGUGCGCUGUCAGGACGGUGCCGGAGCUGGGCAGCUAGUGGGUUUCCGAACAGUAUCCCCUGAGAUCUGCUCCCUGUCAGAAGAUGGCUGUCACCCCCAGCCACUGCGCGCAGAGAUCUCGGCAACCGCUUGGCGGAGGUGUCCCCCCCUUUCUACUGAAGGCCUGCCAGAAAUCCACCACCUUCGUAUGAAACGGCUGGAAUUCCUUCAGGCUAACAAAGGGCAAGAGUUACCCACCCCUGACCAAGAUCAUGGCUACCACAGCCUGGAGGAGGAACACAGCCUUCUCCGGAUGGACCCGCAACAGUGCACAGACAACCCAGCACAGGCGGUGUCCCCUGCUGGAGCCAGCCUGGAGCCCACUGAGAAGACACUAGAAUUGUCGACUCCAGAAGUUUCACAAAGCCCCCAGGGGAGCAGUCUGUCUUGCGAGUUACCUGUGGAAAAAGGACGUGAAGAGGACCACACUAGUGUAGCUGACUGCUCAGACAUAGAGGAUGACCUUCCUAUUUCUGCCAGGCCAGUUUGUAGCAACAAACUGAUAGAUUAUAUUUUGGGAGGUGCCUCCAGUGACUUGGAAACCAGCUCCGGUUCGGAGGGUGAGGAUUGGGACAACGAGCCUGAGGAUGAUGGGUUUGAUAGCGAUGGCUCCCUGUCCGAGUCAGACACGGAACAAGACUCGGAAGGCCUUCACCUUUGGAACUCUUUCUACAGCGAAGAUCCUUACAAUCCCCAACACUUCACAGCCACCAUCCAGACUGCUGCCAGAGUUGUCCCUGGAGACCCGUCUGGUUUGGGGAAGGCCUCGUCUGGCAGCUCUGAUGUAGGGAGCUGUCAGGCCGGACCCUUGCCAGAGAUGCCCGACUGUAGCUCUGGGGAGGAGGAUGACUGGGGCUCCAGUGCAGAUGAAGCGGAGAACCUUAGAUUGUGGAACUCUUUCUGUAAUUCUGAGGACCCCUACAACCUUUUGCAUUUUAAGGCUCCUUUCCAAACGUCAGGGAAAAACUGGAAAGGCUGUCAGAACUCAAAGGCCUCGUCUGAGGCCUUGGUGACCUUUUCUGGGUGUCAUGCCUUACUUUCUGGUAAGGUGCAGCUGUUAGAGAGCCAAGAAGAUAGCUGUCCAGACUAUGGGCUGGGUGAGGCUCUGUCUGGAGAAAGAUACACCCAUAUCAAGAGAAAAAAGGUAACCUUUCUUGAAGAAGUUACCGAGUAUUACAUAAGUGGUGAUGAGGAUCGCAAAGGACCAUGGGAAGAAUUUGCAAGGGAUGGAUGCAGGUUCCAGAAAAGAAUUCAAGAAACAGAAGUUGCUAUUGGCUACUGCUUAACGUUUGAGCACAGAGAAAGAAUGUUUAGUAGACUCCAGGAACACAUUUCAAAGGACUUACUGUUUGUUGUUCAGCAAUGUUAAGACACGUGAACAGCCUGCAGCCCUGGCCCACACUAUCUCCUACUUGAGAGGUUUCUCUUAAAAACAAAUACUGGCAGCUGUCCUUGGACAUGUUUUUAAAGAAACAACUUGUAUCUAGUGAUGUAGUUUAAUUAUUUUUGGGUAAUGUGUCUCAUUAGAAACACCAACUCCGAUAAUGAAGGAUCUCUAAUCUUUAAUCCU